UGCGUUUAUUGAUCGGAGAGCUUGCCCGGUCAGCUGUGUUGCUGAACAAAUAUUAGCAGCCUUCAUUCAGGAGAGACACUCUUUGAGUUUACGGGAAAACAUGUGCGGUUCUAAUGUCUUUUCACGAGUACUGUGGUUGUUUUUAUGCUGCGCUAUUGCAAGCUGCUCUCCUUUAACCGCUGAUCGUCAGGCAAACAUAACCAGCAUGCUGGAACAGCAGGCAGAUCGGGUCAUGGCCCUCGGUGAAUGGGAGGAACGCUGGCAACAGAACAAAAUCGGCUUCCAUCAGCCUGAAGUGCACAAAAUGCUGAAGAAAAACAUUGAUAAAGUUCUCAAUGGACGAACAGGAGUUCGCUUCUUCUUCCCUCUGUGUGGGAAAGCAGUAGAUAUGAAGUGGCUAGCAGACAUGGGCCAUUCAGUGGUUGGAGUGGAGAUUUCUGAAAAGGCUAUUCGUCAGUUUUUUGAGGAGAACAACAUGACGUACACCGAGGAGCCUGUGCCUGCUAUACCUGGAGCAAAGGUUUACAAGAACUCAGAGAAAAACAUCUCCCUGUAUCAGUGUAACUUGUACAACUUCUCCAAUUCCAUCGAGGGUCAGUUUGGAGCAAUUUGGGACAGGGGCUCUCUCGUGGCCGUCAACCCAGGAGACAGAGAAAAGUAUGCAGCUCUCAUUAUUUCUUUGAUGGCGAAUGACUGCAGAUACCUCCUGGACACUUUACUGUACAAUCCUGAUUUAUAUCAAGGGCCUCCCUUUUUCGUGCCUGAUGAGCAGGUGCAUAGUCUGUUUGGGAGCAGCUGUGGUAUAGAGUUGCUGCAGUCAGAGGAUGCUCUCACGGACAAACAACGAAAUUGGGGACUAGAUAAAUUUCUUGAAAAUGUGCACCUCAUCACGCCAAAGAGCAACUAAAGGCUCAGAGUUUAGAGAAAGAAGAAGAAAAUCCCGGGAAGGAAAAAUAAAGUGGAAAGUGAAAGUGCCUGAAAUUCAAGAGAAUUUAUAAUUCUCCUUUUUAUUUGUUGUUGUUAUGGAUCAAAUAACAUGAUAAUAAAAAAACACGAUCAUAAGA